UCCCUAUAUAAACCCCCUCAAAUUCCCCAGGUCACUCAUUUUCUGCCUUUGCCGACCAACCGAGGAGCAGUACCACAUCAUACAAUGCCAGCUGCUAGGUGUUUGGUGUCUCUCGUGGCGGUGCUAGUGGCUGCAGUGUGUGUGGCACAUGCACAGGAGAGGAUCAAGAUGUGUGGACGAGAGCUGAUACGUCUGGCCGUCUCAUCCUGCGGCAGCUCCCGGGUCAGGAGAAGCAUCCCGGAUUUAGGACUGGGAAAGAAUCAAUAUGCUUCUCUCUGGGAGCAGAUCUCCUCCACAGAAGAGUACCUGGCUUCAGAGGCUGUCCGCACGGCUUCGAGGGCAGACGUGGAAAAGGACGCCGUCUCCUUGGCUCCUCACCUUCUGUCCUCUCGGAUCAGGCGAACUGCUGGAAAAAUAUCUGAUAUUUGCUGUGAGAAAGGAUGUAGCAUGAAGGAGCUGAUACAGUUUUGCUAAAUGAAGCUGGUCGCAUAUCAGAACGAGUUAAGCUAUUGUCUUCAGAGUUUGAUCUGUGCUGGGCAAUCUGUUAGUGAUCCUAAAUGUACUUGGUGAUAUUUAUCUAUGACAUGUAACAGUACCAAAGAUAAAACUGGAGUGCACACAGGA